UUUAGUUCACUCACUCCCCCAACCCAAUGCCACUGAAACUAACACUCGAGAGAAUUUGAACUCUCUUCUCCCUCGAUCAGCUCUCUGCUGUCUGAAUCUGUCUUCCGACGCCAACAUGUACCAACAACUGAGAAGGAGAAAGCAUUUGGUUGCUACAUUAUCCAUUUCAUUACUUGUCUUACUCACACUCUCCUCCCUCAAGAAGAUCCCAAGAAGCAAAGAAACUACUCAUCUCCACAUUCAUCUCCGCAAAAACAUUCAAAUCGCUCACUCCGCAUGCGACGGCACGCUCUACCGAGACCUCUGCGUCUCCACUCUCUCUACCUUCCCAGAUCUCCACAGCAAAUCCAUGCCCGAAAUCAUCACCGCCUCCGUUAACCACACCGUCGCCGAGGUCCGAGCCUCCGAGAUCAACUGCGCAUUGCUCCGCCGGAAUCUCACCAACCUCCCCCCGCUCGACCGCCGAGCCCUCGACGACUGUGUCGAGCUCCUCGACACCAGCAUUGCCGAGCUCAAAACCGCCAUCUCAGAUCUCUCCCUUGGGAAAUCCGCCAUCAAGCACUACCACGACUUGCAGACCUUGCUCAGCGCCGCAAUGACGAACCAUUACACUUGUCUCGACGGCUUCGCUUACAGCAAGACGAACGUCCGUCCGCACAUCGAACACAGACUGCAGAACAUCUCUCACCACGUGAGUAACGCGCUCGCUAUGCUGAGGAAGCUUCCGGGAGUGAGCACCUCGCCGGCGAAGUCCGAGGUGUUCCCGGAGUACGGCGCCGUGGAGGACGGGUUUCCGACGUGGCUCCGGAAGAGAGAUCGGAAGCUUCUGCAGACGUCGGCGAACGAGACGAAGUACGAUUUGGUGGUGGCGAAGGACGGCAGCGGGAACUACACGACCAUCGGAGAGGCUCUGGCGGCUGCGCCGAACUCCAGCAAGACGAGAUUCGUGAUAUAUAUCAAGGCUGGAGCGUAUUACGAGUACUUGGAGGUGGACAGCAAGAAGACGAAUCUGAUGUUCGUCGGAGACGGGAUAGGGAAAACGCUGGUGAAGGGAAACCGGAGCGUCGUCGAUGGGUGGACCACUUUCCGCUCUUCAACUGUCGCCGUGGUGGCGCAAGGAUUCAUAGCAAAAGGCAUCACCUUUGAGAACUACGCCGGCCCAAGCAAGCACCAGGCGGUGGCGCUGCGGAGCGGCGCCGACCUCUCGGCCUUCUACAAAUGCAGCUUCGUGGCCUAUCAAGACACCCUCUAUGUCCACUCCCUCCGCCAAUUCUACCGCGAGUGCGACGUCUACGGGACGAUCGACUUCAUCUUCGGCAACGCGGCCGUCGUAUUCCAGAACUGCAACCUCUACGCUCGCAAGCCCGACGAGAACCAGAAGAACGUUUUCACCGCUCAAGGAAGGGAAGACCCGUUUCAGAACACCGGGAUCUCGAUCCUGAACAGCAAAGUUGAGGCCGCCGCCGACUUGAUUCCGGAGUUAUCCCAGUUCAAAACGUACCUCGGAAGGCCGUGGAAGGAGUACUCGAGGACGGUGUACCUUCUCUGCUACUUGGGUUCUCUGAUUGAUCCGGCAGGGUGGUUGGAAUGGGACGGCGAUUUCGCUCUGAAAACGUUGUACUAUGGAGAGUACAAGAACCGGGGACCGGGAUCGAACACAAGCGCGAGAGUGACAUGGGCCGGUUAUCAUGUGAUCACGAAUGUGACGGAGGCGAGUGAGUUCACCGUCGGGAACUUUAUUCAGGGGGCGGAGUGGCUGCCGUCUUAUGGGAUUCCUUAUUAUCUGAAUUUGACGGCCUAGAGUUCAACGCUAUUAAAAAUGCCAUUGAUAUUAUUAUUCAUGUUAAUUAUUAAUGCAAGGGAGGGAGGGAGGGAGCCUCUGUUACUGUUAGGAGAAUGCUCCUCCAUUCAUAUAUAGUUUGCCGCCAGAGCUGCUGCCCUUAGGCAGGCCCCUUCCCAGUAUGGGUUUUAAUUGUUUUAGUAUGGCCACUUUUCCGAUUUGUAGUCCACAAACAAUGGCUCUUCAGAUUAUGAAUAAAACUACUUAUUGGGGCAA